CGAAGCCCUCUCUCUCUCUCUGCUGUUAAAUGUUUGUUAUCAUCUCUUCAGCAGGGUUUUGUCUUGGAGCGCAGCUCUUGACAAAUUUGGUGUUGCUUGGCGCCUCUUUUGGUUGCUUUUUUUUUUUCUUUCCUUCGCCAAUUUCUGUUCUCUCUAUCAGGACGCAGCAGCCAUUCCAUUUGCAGCUCUGACGGCAUGGAGGGCUCUCAGAAGCAUGGCAAGGGUAAAACGAGGAUGGGAGAUGGUGGGGCAUGCAAAUGUAUAGAGUGGUAUGUGGAAGUCCAACAGAUUGGGAAUCCGAUGCAUCGUGCAAUGGGGCGUGCAUGUGUUCAACGCCAGGCAGCGGCUGGCGGUUCUGGGAGGUGGAGGAGCAGUUGGCUUGUCUGCCAUCCAGCUGGCAAGUGCCGCAGGUGCUGAUGUGGCCUGCACUUGUGGCAUGAGAAGCAUGGAGCGCGUGAAGGCGGCUGGUGCCACCCGUGUCAUCGACUACGCCACAGUAGCGUCGGAGGACUUGAAGCACCAGUUCAAGGGUCAGUUCGAUGCUGUGCUAGACACUAUCGGGAUGGAGGAGACCGAAGAGGCUGGAGUAGAGAUGCUCAAGCCAGGAGGUCAUUAUAUGACAUUGCAGGGGGAGGUUGUGAAGCUGGCGGAUCUCUAUGGCCUGGUCCUUGGAGGUGCGAGAGCUGCGGCCAAUCUUUUUCAGAAGCAGCUACUUUACAAGAACUCUCAUGGAAUCGGUAGCACAUACGUGUAUGCAGCUGGAGGUAGAUGCUGGAUCAGUGAGGGUUAAUGAGCAAUUGGUGGAUUAGGAAAAAAGAGCAUAGAGUGUGUCUCAUAAGUUUUUGUAAAGUGGAAAGGACCGUGUGCUGAGUUUGUGGUGCAGUUUGUGCUGCCGCAGAGGGGCAGGCAGCAAGAGCUGCUGUGUGCUAUAGCUUUUGCGGCUGUAUCUGGUUUGCGCUUCGCAAUGUUUGCAUGUUUUUUCCCCUCAUUUUGCAUCACUGGUGUCUUUUACUGCUUGUUCUCUACGCUUCGCUUUUCCUCACUGCAUCGCUUCACCCAUAGCAGGUGAGAAAGCGUUGAUUUCUCUUGGGUCCUAUUCAUUCUCAGCGAAAAAUCUGCUGCAUACUACAUCCUCUGCUUCUGUAGGAUGGUAUACCUGAGCUACGCGGGCUAAUGCUAGGGGGGCUAUGGGGAAAGUUGUUUGGAGACGAUCGGACUUGGACUGAUGUACUAUGUGCUAUGCACAUAGCACUACAGUGCCCUACUCCAUGGUAUUGCCUAUGGCAUGCACAUAGUACCCUAGUCUUUGUUAGCACAACUUCGUACUAUGUAACAUGUGUAUGAAGUACUAGGAACCGAUGUACUAUGUGCCGUGUACAUAGCAUUACCUUGCCCUGCUCCAUGAUAUUGUAUACGGCAUGCUUGAUGCGCAUAGUACCGCUGUCUUUGUUUGCACAACUUCGUACUAUGUAACGUGUUUACUCAGGACAAUGUACUCUGCAUUCUGAUCUCUGUUCUGUGUAAUAUAGACAGUGUGCUCUGUGCUCUGCAGUACAGUUGAUGCGCAUGGUACCACUGACUUUGUUUGCACAACUUCGUACUCUCUGUGCUCUGCAGUACAGUUGAUGCACAUGGUACCACUGUCUUUGUUUGCACAACUUCGUACUAUGUAACGUGUUUACUCAGGACAAUGUACUCUGCAUUCUGAUCUCUCUUCUGUGUAAUAUAGACAGUGUGCUCUGUGCUCUGCAGUACAGUUGCCAUGCACAUAGCACCACCAUGCCUGACUACAUGAUAUUGCCUACUGCAUGCAGUGCCAUGCACAAUUUGCAUAGUACCACUGUGUUUGUUUGCACAACUUUGUACUAUGUAGUCCGUACUGUGUAACGUGUGCAUGCAGGAUAAUAUAUUCUCGACUCUGAUGUCUGUACUGUGUGGUACAGACCGUGCGCUCUACGCUCUGAGCUCCGUCGUACAGUAGAACAUACUCUGCAGCCUGAGUGCUCUGAUGUCUGUAGUAUAGCACAUCGGACUCGGCAACCUGAGUUCUGUCUCCCUGUAUUUGUGAAUCACGGUCAACGGAUGUGCUGUGAAGUUUCAACGAUACACGUGCAAACAGAUGAAUCCGGAUAGUCUUUCGUGUCGCAGCCUUGGUAUUAUAGAUGCGGUGAUUUGUCUUUGUUAAAGGUGCGGGGUAGGCAUGCACGUGGCCAGGUCUACGUUUCAAGGGAGGUUCCGUCUUCCCUUUCUCUCUCCACCUCUUCACCCCCCCCUCUGCUCUCCCCCCUGCCCCCACCCCCCUCAACUCACACCCGCCCUCUCCUUCCGCCCUCCCCUACCCGCCUUACUUGACGACAUCGUUAUUCGUUUCCAUGCAUGCGUAUGCGUAUAUUGUGCUAAAGUGCUUGUGUU